AUGGAGCGAACAAGGUUCAGGCAUCUGUGUGCAGAUUUGGCAGAUUUUAGACUUGAGGCGCAUCCUUCAUAUAAAAAACAACACAGAAAACGAAAACAACCGCUUCGACCAAGAGUAAGCGCAGAACUUACAGGUAUAGGUAUACUCAGGUUUUGCGUUAUUGAGAAACCUGAUAUAAGACACGAAACAAAAACAAAUUCCAAUUUCGGCAUGACCACAGCUUUGACUGCUCAAGACGAUGUCUGCAGCGUGUGGAUUGCUGAAAAUCACCUCGGAAAAAUUCAAAAAGAUAAAUUCUACAAGACUAGGAUAAUGCACCCAACCAGAGGAUUCUUACGUCUACAAGAACAGACAAAGGUGGAUGAAAUAAAACCAUUCAACAUAAAUCCAAGAAGAGUUGAGGAAAUUCUGUAUCCACCUUGUACUAGCAUUCCUGACCUGUCUACAGAAAAGCUGAUGUUGAUGAAAAUCCACACAAGACUUUCUAUUAAGGGAUAUGUUCAAAAGUGUGGUGAUAUGUAUGAUGUGAAACACCAUCCAAAGAAGGAUAUCGUCUUGAUGGAGAAAGUACCAGCAGAUUGUGGAGCAACAGUACUGGUAAAACUAUGGAACGAAAAGGCCACAACUUAUCUGCAGAAAGGGACACUGGUUCAAAUCUCGUCUGUAAAAGUCGUAAAAUAUAAAGAAUCCAGGCAGAUACACUCUACACCUUCAACUACCUUUACUGUCCUUUAAGGCAGAAAGACAGAAAACACAUUUUAACAUAAUAUAUUUUAGUUUUGACAUCGACCAUGUAUCGGAACAAUAUUUACAUAUAUAAUUUAUCAAUAGAAUUU